GGGACCGCGAAAUUCCCUUAUUCUGUCCAGCCACUCUUCCAGUUUCUGCCUCAAUCUCUUUUCGAAUGUCACUGAAAUCUGUGAAUUUUUGGUUAGGUGCAUGCAGAAAUUCUCCGUAUUCUUCUGCAUGGCCAUCUUCAUUCUCAUACCAGUUGGUGAUCAGCCCACUGAUAUUGAAAAAACAAACUAGAAAUCUUAUUCUUGAUUAUAUAACGAAACCAAAUAGUAUUAUUUUAGCUGUAAGUCCCGCAAACGUAGAUUUGGUGAAUUCGGAGAGUUUAAAGCUUGCAAAACAGGUUGACCCUGAAGGGCGAAGAACAAUUGGUGUAUUAACUAAAUUAGAUCUUAUGGACGCCGGAACAAAUGCACUGGAAAUUUUAACAGGCCGUGUUCUCCCAUUAAAAUUGGGAUUUAUUGGCGUUGUUAAUCGCAGCCAACAGGAUAUUGUGGGGAAUAAACCAAUGUCUGAAGCUCUGAAAGCAGAAGCGGAAUUUUUUAAACAUCAUCCAGCGUAUAAAAGCAUUGCAAUUCGAUGUGGGACACCUUUCUUGGCAAAAACUCUUAAUAAUAUUUUAAUGAAUCAUAUUCGGGAGAGAUUACCGGAUAUGAAAACAAGGAUAAAUACUCUAAUUGGCCAAACUCAGCAAGAACUUACCUCAUAUGGAGAUCCAGUUCUUUCAGGAAAAGGCGAACACAGAAGUUCCUUAAUCCUAAAACUACUCAAUAAGUUCGCCAAUGAUUUUAUAUCGUCUAUCGAUGGAACAUCUCGUGAAAUCUCAACAAAGGAAUUGUGCGGUGGCGCACGAAUUUAUUAUAUAUUUAAUAAUGUAUUCGGAACAGCACUGGAAUCAAUUAAUCCAUGUGGUAAUCUCUCUACUCAGGAUAUUAGAAUUGCAAUUCGAAAUUCAACAGGUCCUCGACCGUCUUUAUUUGUUCCGGAGAUUGCCUUUGAUCUUCUCGUUAAACCACAAAUUCAACUAUUGGAGCCACCUAGUUUGAGGUGUGUUGAGUUGGUCUAUGACGAAUUAAUGAAAAUAUGCCAUAAUUGCGGGGGUAAGGAAGUGAAGCAAUACCCUCGCUUGCAUGCCAAACUGCUUGAAGUUGUUUCCGAUUUAUUGCGGGAAAGAUUAACACCCACUUCAGAUUAUGUUGAAAGUUUGAUUGCUAUUCAACGAGCUUAUAUUAACACCAACCACCCUGAUUUUAUUGGAGGCGGUGGGGCAAUCUCAGAUUUAGUCAAGAGGAUGGAACGUCGACGAAAAGAACAUGAAAAACAUAACAGAAAGACGAAUAACACGAGUAGUAUCAAUACACAUCAUCCUACAUUGACAAAUGGAUCCGCUGCUGGAUUGAAAGACGAUCCACUUGAUGUGCUGACAAUAUCUGACGGAUAUAAGGAAUCUACGUCAUCUAAGGAUUUUGCUGCCCUAUCAAAUGGUACUAGCACUCCGGUGAACAAUUCAGCAAGUUGGGCACAACGUGAAGGUUUUCUGACGUAUUUCUUUGGAAGCGGAAACAAGCCGGAGAGGACCUCAUUACCGGAACAACAAAUAAAUCGUGCAAAUACAUACAAUAAAUCCGCGAUAGAUAUUGGGGAAUUAGAAAGAAAAUUGGCUGGAGUCAAUUUAAAUGGAUCGUACUCUGAAGAAUCUCAUAACUUGACUGAACAAGAGGAGAUGGAAACCCAAUUGAUCCGUUCCUUAAUUACAUCCUACUUUAAUAUUGUUCGUAAAAUGGUUCAAGAUGUUGUGCCCAAAGCAAUUAUGCAUCUUUUAGUCAAUAAUUCACGUGAAUCGGUACAAAAUCGAUUGGUAGCCGAAUUAUAUAAAGAAGAUUUAUUUGUCGACCUUUUACAAGAAGACGAAAAUUUGGCAAGUGAACGACAAAAAUGUCAGACAAUGUUGGAUGUCUACAAGAAAGCUUUUGAAAUUAUUAAUGAAGCUAUGUAG